CGGCCGUAUCUCGCGGCGUACCGCGCGGCGAUGACGCUCACGACCGCGGUCGCGAUACUCGCGGUGGAUUUCUCCGCGUUUCCGCGGCGGCUCGCGAAGACGGAUUCGACGAGAGGCGUCGGCCUGAUGGACGUCGGGAGCGGCUCCUUCGUGCUCGCGAACGCGCUCGCGUCGCGCGUCGCGCGCGGGUUGACGACGUCGUCGCCGACGCUGCGAUCGACGCGGUGGUGGUCGCUGAUCUUCCUCGCGUGCGCGCGCGGGCUCGCGACGCACGCGAUGGACUACCAGCAGCCGGUCGGGGAAUACGGCAGGCAUUGGAAUUUCUUCGCGACGCUCGCGGUGGUGGACCUGUGCGCGACGGCGACGCCGCCGCCGCCGGCGUUUUCAUCCUUCGCGGGGCUCGCGAUUCUCGUCGCGCACCAGACGUCUCUGCUGCGCGGCGCGUCCCCGUCCGGGGCCGGGGCAGCAGGAGUCGCGUCAUCAUACGGGGAGUACCUGCUCCGGGACGUCCCGCGCGGAGAGGGGCUCCUGGAGCAGAACAAAGAGGGCGUCGGCUCCAUCCCCGGCUACGUCGCGCUGUACUUCCUCGGCGCCGGGUUGGGGCGGUUCGUGGAGCGGUCGCUCUGCGACGCGGCGAAGCGCGCGUCGAUACGGUGCUGGGCGUGGCGGUGGUUGCUGUCGCUCGCCGUCGCCGACGCGGCGUUUUGGGCGGCUGCGAUGACGCUUCACGCGCGAUGCCAGGCUGUCUCCAGGCGGACCGCGAACGCGGCGUACUGCGCGUGGAUGCUCGCGUUUAACCUCCAGGUGUUGCUCGCGUUCAUCGCCGCCGGGUUGCUGUUCCCCGCGACGCCGCCGGUGCCGAAGCUCCUCGCGGCGGUGAAUCGACGGCUGCUUCCGACGUUUCUCGUCGCCAAUUUGCUCACGGGGGCGGUGAACGGCGCGAUGGACACGAUCCACGUUGGGACGCUCACCGCGUGGGCGUCCAUGGUGGGGUACCUCAGCGUCGUGUGCGUCGUCGGGUUGGCG